UACGAUGACGGCGGUCUGUACAGACUUUAUUCUAAGUAAUAGUACGCAUUAUGUUGCCCAUGUACCAUCCACAGUGCACCCUGGCGUGGUGAAGUACGGCAGCUACGAAUACGAUGACGGCUCGCUCUACAUCGGCGACUGGAACGAACGGGGCCAGAAGCACGGCAUGGGGCACCUGGUGCUGCCCGACGGCUCCCAGUACGACGGCACCUUUCAGAACGGCCUCUUCACCGGGCUGGGGGUGCUCGCUUUCUCUGAUGGCGCGAGAUACGAAGGGGAGUUCAUGCAAGGAUGGUUCCACGGCCAUGGGGUGUUCUGGAGGAGCGAUGGCAUGCGCUUCGAGGGGGAGUUUCGAGGCGGCCGAGUGUGGGGACACGGUUUGGUCACUUAUGCCGACGGCUCGAACGGGUUCCCGAAGAACGAAGGUUUCUUCCAGGACUGCCGCUUCGUGCGCAAGGAGCGGUGCGCCGAGGUUGUGCUCAGGGCGCAGAAGGUGGCGCAUCUAUCGCGGGCCCAAGCAGACUCUUAGAUAUUGACUUCAUAAUUACUAAGUAAAAUCUGUCUAGAUAUUGACUUCAUAAUUACUAAGUAACUUUGUCUAACUAUCUUUUUACAGAGGACUUUGCUUUAAAUUACUUGU